GCCAAUGGUCUGCGCAUCAGCUGACCUGUCUUUGAAUAUUGAUGCUCUCUGUGCCGCCACACUGGCCCCGCCCUCCCCGUGCUGCUGCUGCUGUCAUUGUCUGAGUGGAUCCAUCACCACUGAGGGAGGUUUUCUUUUUUUUUUUUUUUAACUGCAAGUAAAAUGUCGUCCCUGCUGAAGCCGUUCUCCGUGUGUGAGAGUCCUUGUGAGAGGAGAGGACGCCCGAGCCCUGCGCCUCAUCCACAGCCUCCGCUCCAGCGCCUCACCGCCGCCACGGCGCUCGCCUCUCUGCCGGCCCACCACGGCUCGUACGCAGCGAGGAGGAACCUGGCGGCCGCUGCGGUCGGAGGGAGGAAAAUCACGCAUCCCGGAAAGGCCAUUCUUGCAGGUGGCAUCGCAGGAGGAAUCGAGAUCUGCAUCACCUUCCCCACAGAGUACGUGAAGACCCAGCUGCAGCUCGACGAGAGAGCCAAUCCACCGCGAUACAGAGGGAUCGGCGACUGUGUGAAGUUGACAGUGCAGGACCACGGACUCAGAGGACUGUACAGAGGUCUCAGCUCCCUGCUCUACGGCUCUAUACCCAAAUCUGCUGUCAGGUUCGGCACGUUUGAGAUCCUCAGCAGCCCGAUGCGAGACGCCACGGGUCGGCUCGAUAACACCCGCAGCCUCUUGUGUGGGUUAGGAGCAGGAAUAGCAGAGGCCAUAGUGAUCGUCUGUCCCAUGGAGACGCUCAAGGUAAAGCUGAUCCAUGACCAGUGUUCCCUGAGGCCGAGGUACAGAGGCUUCUUCCAUGGCGUCAGUGAGAUUAUUAGAGAACAGGGUGUGAGGGGGACGUAUCAAGGUCUGACGGCAACUGUUUUAAAACAAGGAACCAAUCAGGCCAUUCGCUUCUACGUGAUGAAUGCACUGCGCAACUGGUACAAAGGGGAUGAUCCCAGGAAAGAGAUGCACCCAAUAGUCACAGCAAUGUUUGGAGCGACGGCUGGAGCUGCUAGUGUUUUUGGAAAUACACCUCUGGACGUGGUGAAGACCAGGAUGCAGGGUUUGGAGGCUCAUCGCUACAAAAACACAGUCGACUGUGCCUUCCAGAUCUUGAAGUGCGAGGGACCACAGGCUUUCUACAAAGGCACAGUUCCCAGGCUUGGCCGCGUGUGCUUGGACGUAGCCAUAGUUUUUGUCAUCUACGAGGAGGUGGUCAAACUACUCAACAACGUCUGGAUUACGCAGUAGACGGACGACGCGCGGCUGCAGCAGCGGUCCAGCGAGAAUCACAGAGCAAAGACGCACAAACACACACCUCCAUCACAGCUCAAAACAACUCUCUGCACUCCCUCAGAUCACCUGAUCUCAUUGUUUGCAGGAUUUGUUUCAACACAGUGAAAAUUAAGGAAUGGCAGAAACAGCUCAGUUUAAAUUUCUUUUCACUUUGAAGGACAGGACAAGUCGAGGUCGGAGAUUAGGAAGGGGAUAUUCUCUUCACCAGUUUCAUAAUCUUAUUAACAGAAACUUGAGUGUACAGUUUUUAGAGAAGAAGCACAAAUAAGGAUUACUAAAUGCUUUAACUAGACAGAGAAAAUGAAAAAGAAAUGACUUGAAUAUGUUAAAAGGGAGGUUUUGUGUUUUUCUAUUGUUUUAGCUUUCUAUAACUGUUAGUGUGACCACUUUCUACUUAAACCAUAAAUGUGUCUUCUGAUCCACUGAGUACUGAGUACAUAACAUUAAGAGAAGGACUGUGACUAACCUGCUUAACUAAUGUCUUGUACACCCUGUAACUGCUUACUCGACUGCACUCGUGGCCUCAUCACACUCAAGUGUUGUGACUCGGUGACAAAGUUUAGAUUCUGUUCCUUGUGCAUUAUCGUGAGCUCGGCUGCAUGAAACUCCACGUGGCGUCUGUCCCGUUACAGAGAGACUCUGAGAUUACAUGAACACGCACACACACCGUAAAGACCAACCCAUAUGUAGCACAGUGUCCACAGACACACACUAUUUAGUCGUGUUCAGCAUCAGCGGAGUUACUAUGACGAUUGUUGUUUACAGCUACACGUGGAGACGUUUACAUUCAGUGGUGAUUUGCUGCCUGAAAUAAGUGAAUCCAUGACUUUGCUGUGAAAAUGCCCAACUGUGCAAGACAUUCUUAGGUGGUUUGGUAUUCUUUACAGUAAUGUCACAUGAAUAUCCUCCCUGUACCUCAAGCUUUCCUGCUUCAUAUGCUUUUUGUACAUCAACUGGUGAAAAACUGUUACUCCUCAUUUUUUUGAAUCUUUGUUUGCCAAAGUGUGAAUGUGUGAACUCCAAUAAGAUGAGAACGAAUGCAUCAGCAGCAUUGAUGCAAGGCUUCAGUGUCGCACAGAGAACUUUUACACGUUGCCAAACCACUAACAUGUGAUCAGAAAUCUGUAUCGUCAUUAAAAGUCAAAGGAAACA